CACAAAUUUCAUUGCUUGAAAUAUUGCAUAUCAAAUUGCGGUAUUGAAUAUGCAAAAGCGAUGUAGAAUUAAUAUAAAUUUUCAGAACUACUACAAAGCAAUAAUAUUUUGUACAAACUAUUGGUGACUGGUUCUCUAAAAUUUUAGCCUGGUUAACUGCUAAACGUUAAACCUGUCGCUAAUCUAGCAUUAAUGGACCCGACAAAUGAGACGAUAUUGGGUUUAAUGUGAUGUUUAUUUUGCCAUUUUUUGGAUGUGUUGAUCAAGCAUUAACAUAUAAGUGAGUUAUAAUUAACCUCAUUAUACAAUUUUUACGCUUUACAAUAAUUAAUUUAGAGGUAUAUUUAUUAUUUGUGAUAUCAGUGGUAGUUGGUUCAAAUGUAGUAUUUCAGCAGGUAGUCAAAAUCGAAUACUGGGUGCAUUUAUGACUUUUUUUUUAUCUUGAUGUUGUGAAUAAGUAGAAACUUAAUUAUUAGAAUGCAUAUAACUAUACUUAGGCACAUGAUCGAGCAAGCACGACACAAUUAGAGCAUACCAUAAAGACAAUGUAUAUGGAGCAUACCAUAAAGACAAUGUAUAUGGAUCGACCCUGUACAAGCAUAAAUGCUUCAUGGGUCGUACCAUACUUAAACUUCAAGGGCUCGCGCACAAGUGCGAGCACCACGCAGUCUAUAUUGGUAAACUCAUAUUUUAUGGAGAAAUGCGCCAUUUGAUAAACAUAAAAUAAAAUAUUCUAAAAAUAACAUAUAAAAUUUGAAUUAAUGAGUAGUUUUUCACAUCAACGUGUAGCAACUUAUAUUCUAAAAUGUAUAUAUAUAUAUAUAUAUAUAUAUAUACAUUCAUUUUUAUUUUGAGACUCACACCUUUUUCAAUGUAUACAACUCAACACUCAUUUAUGAAAUCAUUCUUAAUUAACUUCAAAGAUGCAAAGUCUUUUUUUACAGCUUGCGGUAAGCCAGUAAUAACAAACAACAUCAACAAUAAAUUUAGAAGCAAGUAAAGUGAAGAAGUAAUUGAGAUUUAUUAUUUCUUUGCAAAUGUGUGUGUGUUUGGGGAGUGGGGAGAUUUUUUUGGUCUAAAUUUUUUGAGGAAGAGUUGAAACUAAUAUAAUUUGUUUGAGUUUUGUAUAUUGAAUUGGAGUAUUGAACAUUUGGAAGCGAUAUAUAAUUUUUAAAUUUGUAUUAAUUUCCAGCCUGGUUGACCAAUAGCCUUAGACCUUUUGCUAAUGUAACAUGGAUCCAAUAAUCACAAGAUGAGAUUAAGUUUGAUAUGUCUGUUCAAAACCAUUUUUUAUGUGUAAUGAAUUUGUACGACAAAUACAUGUAAAUAAGUGAAGAUGAACCUGAUUAUGCAUUUUGAUUUAAAGAAAUAAAAUGUUUUAAACUAUGUACUAACUAGUAACUAUAGACUCACUCGAUUGGUUUAACGAGUUCUGUUUUUAUCACUUUUAGUAACUAGUUUGUUCACAAACUAUCAAACUACUUUGCUUCAUUGAGGAAUAAGCAACCAUUUGUUUGCCAUGUUUCAGGUGCUCUGAUUCACUAUCGACUGUGUAUGGAGAAGAAGCAUUUCGAAAACAAAAUUGGAGAAGUAAUUGGAAUGUUUCUACGUUUCUCUCGAUUCCAUGCGGUGGGAAGAAAGAGGAAGGGAAAGGGGGAGAGUGGUGAGAUACAAAGCUCAUAGAGAGAUGGAAGAACAAACAGAAAAACAAAGAGGAAGACAAAGAGAGAGUGAGAGGACACAUUAAAAAGAGAGGAAAAAUGAGGUAGUGUUAAAUAAUUGCUCUUCUGCUUUGCUUAGAGGGUAUUUUUGGCCCUCAUCUCUGGAGUUUUGAUUUAUUUUAGGAGAUGACAUUACAUUUGAUAAAUUUUUUAUUAUUUCAAUUUAAAAUCCUAAAUCAAUAUAAUCAUUUGGAUGAUUUUUUCCCUUAAUACGAUUAUUGUAAUUUAUGAGAUUUAAGGAGUAUUUGAUAAUGUCAAUAUUUUAGUGGUUUUUUAUUUAAAGUUUGAAUUGAAAGAUCGUACGUACCGGCGGUUUGACCAUAAAACUUCACACAAUAGGUUAAAUCGAUAGGUGAUAUUUAGCAAUAUGAAAUGGUUAAACCACAAUUAAAUUAUGACUUCAAUUUAAAAUACUCUACUACCAACUUUUUCGAUAUGAUUUUACAACAUUUUGGUUCAAAAAAUUCUUUUUGCACGGGUGGAAGCAAAAGUUUUAAAGUACAUUUUAAACUAUCUAUUGCAAAAAAUCAUAAGUCAGUUAGCGAGAAUGAAAAUAUGCGAUCUCAUUCAACCCAAAAGACACUUUGCAACUUCUAUCCUUUUAAAAUAAAUGUAUGCUACUCAUACCUUCACUUAUUUAUCAACUUAAUGAGUAACAUACUAGUUUUGUUGCUAGACAUGUCUGCGAUAUGAGAAUAAUUUGGGAAGUCAGUAUACAACACAUUGUCCAACUAACUAUUAGCGACAACUUAGCAUCAUGUCCUAUGUAUAUCUCACAUCAAGCAUAUUGAGAUUCAUGACCAACGGCGUGGUAAAAAAUAAUGCUCUUUAUUGAGAAAAACUUAAAGAACAUACUAAACUCUUUGAGAGACAUUUUCUUUGAUCCUAAAGGUUGAUUAUGUAUGUAUUAUGAGAAGCAACUCUAAUAUUCAGCUAUAUGGUUUAAUUAAGUAAUGAAUGACAAUUAGUUUUUAUUUAUUUCUUUUUCCAUUCAAUAAUUAUAUGUACUGCUUGCUUAUAUUAUUUUUUUCUCUUUUCUUGGUCUAAACACAUUAUGCAUAGUUGGAUCACUUUAAAAAAUAUUAUGGGCAUAACUAAGGUAGAAAACAAUCAUUUCAUGCAUCUCAAAUCAUAUAUUAUAUCUAUUAUUAUAUAAUAUAUUCCUUGAUGAAAUUCUUCCGGCCAACGGGCCAGACCUGUGCUAGUGAGAUUCAAGGCUGACUGUGAACAACUCAGUGCCCCAAAACAAAAAUGCAGAUUUUAGUACAAUAGCUUUUAUACACAUAUUAUAGUAAUGAUUAAUUUUCAUAUUUGAAAUGUAACCGCUGAUGAUAGUUGAUGACAAUUGUAACUUGGAGGAAUUGGUAGUUUGCAACUACUUUCCCAAUUGGAUCAAUCCAGAAUUCACAAUUACUUUCCAAAGAAGUAAUCUCAACGCACUUGAAGAAUUCUGAUUUUUGGCUAAGUGUUGAAACAGUUUCAGGUAGCCUAUUUUGGAAGCUUGUAUCUCACAAAUGGCUCAAUGGAAAUGGGAGAUCAAGGAUUUGUUUUUCAGAUAACGUUUCCAUGUUUCCAAUGGUAUGCUUUGUGGAUCCAGAUGAUGUCAUUAAGGUUGUUUUCCAAGGCCUCAAAGUUGUUACCUCAAAACUGGAAAACUGUCAGAAAAUGGCUAAGGCAGAAAACUGUGUUGAGAUACCAACUUUGAAGGCCUAUAUCUGGAGUUUGGAGAAUGAUCUCGGGCUGUUUCAAGUUUGAGGUGAAAUAGGGAGUUUUCUUCUAUAGAGGAAAGGAAUUGGUUGAGUUCGAAUAAACCUAGAAGACUAUUUUCAAAGGGCUCAAAGAUGCUAUGAAUCCUGUUUUCCUAGGCAGACUUGCUUGUGUUUUAAGUCAGUUUCUUGGCUUGCAUGUUACCUUGUUUUACACAAAUUCUUUAGUCUUUCCCUGUUAUAAUUAGUUUCCUUGUUCAUGUAGGGUUGUAUUAGGGUUUAUUGUCUUUAAAUACCUUUCCAAUUCACGUUGUAAAGUAGAGUUGAUUAAUCGAAAAGAAACCGUUGGGUUUGUUCAAGUUUGCGAACUUGUUUUGGGUUUGGUGGAUUCCAAACUUGCUGAGCUUGUGUAUCGAUUGAAUAGUCACUUCAAUCAUGGUCGAGCAACUACCAUUCUAUACCAAUCGAGCGUUCCCCAGGUGUGGAAUCGACCUUUUGGUUCCGUUUUAUCCAAGUUCGUAUUAAGAACGCUUUGUUCUUGAUUCGAGCUCAAUCGAUUCUUCGAUUGAGUCGUUAGCUGCGUGACUUUGAUAAUAUACACCCCCCAAGGAAAGAAGUUCGUUCUGAAACCUCUUUCGCCGGACGAAGUUUACGGCGAUCUCAAGCAAAUGGAGUCGAAUCGAAUCAUGGGAAAAGAAUCUCGAGCUCAGAUGUGGGUGCAGAGGCGUAUUGGAUUCAAUUUUAUGAGCUUUCGAAAGCUCCAAAACGCAGUGUUGAAUUCGGAAUCAACUGCCGUACCCGACCCCUGUUUUACAUCGCCGAAACAGAAUGGUGACUUAUGUACUCUUGUCGACGAUGAAGGAGUGAUACCGGAGCAUGAUGCGGCCAGCGAAGUGUCUGUGGAGGUUGAAGGAAUGGCUAACAGUGAAGCAGCAGCGUCAGCAAUUCCUGAAGUUGCUCGAAUCGAGCUGUUGACGAAGAAGGUAUCUGGCUGUCCCACGUUGAUAGAACAUAACAGGGCUCUCGUGGGCAGGCCAACUUGGCAAGAAUCGCACUUUGACACCGCUAGAGACACAUUCAGAAAGAGUCCAUAAAUGAAUUCUCAAACAAAAAUCGGGCUAGAGAAGCUUCCAUCUCAAAGAUCAAAAUUGUCUGAAUGGUUUCUGCAACUCUGUUCGCCGGCGACGAUGGAGCAGAUCAGGAGAGAGAAGCAAUUGGUGGGGACACUGGGGAGUGCGUUGAGACUCGCCGCCGAUGCCGAUACAUUCCUCCCAACCCCAGGAACGUCACUAGUAGCUCCAACGAAAGAGGACGUGCUGAAAAUUGCAACGUUGUAUUCGCCAGAAGCACCUCUGUUUGCGACGAAGAAGGCCGAUCAAGACCCCUUAUUGCGCAGAGUUCUCCAUCUCGUUUCUAGCCGAAUUCGUGCUGCAGAAACAUCAAGGGAGUCUUUGGGAAGGUGUAGGAGUGCUCAAUUCAACACGAAGAUGAUCGAAUAAAAAACGCCCAAAAUUGAAUUGAAAAUUCUGGGUUCUCAAUUUUUGAAUUUCGGGAACGGCGGGAAGGAGAGUAUCGCAGAUUCGAAGGUGAUGGUGAUGAUUCGAGACUGGGGACAGGUCCAAAUCUUCAAUUGGAAGCUUGGAGAAGAGCGCGGAGUGGUUGAAUUUGAUUGGGGAUCCUUGAAACAAAAACCCCCAAUUCCUUCGAGGAAGAACAUGUAUGAAAGUGACGUCCGAUGACCUGGGCAUUUUAACGAUCGCUUUUUGGUAAAAUUGGUCAUUCCUACAGGUUCUAAUAAGUGUCAGAAAGUGUUCUUAGCCUCGCUUCUGUUAAGGGAUCUUGUUAAAUUAAUCUCUUUUCAUUUAAUUGUUGUACUUAGUGGAGUAGUGGCUAGGUUGUUAGCUGUUACCCUCUUGUGGUUACGUGGGUUACGUGGGUACAUGCUACUGUUGUAGAGAUUGGUAUUUAAACCAUUCUCUUAUUCAAUAACAAAUCAGGUCAUUCAGCUAAUUACAUGGUAUCAGAGCUAGGACUCCGAUCUCCUUAACUCCUUUCUCCUAAAAAUCCGACUCAAAUCCUCAAGAUCUUCUCCCUCUAUUUUUCGUCAAUUUCUUUUCUUCUUCCCUGUUACAGACGCAGCUGCAUCAUCCUCCUGCCCACCCAAAUCACAAUCCUCUCAUCUCUAUUCUUCUUCUUCAAACAUGUCAGGUGAAACUGUGAUCAACCUAGAUGAUACAAACACCAUCAUCACGUUAAACCCUGCUUCUCAGUUGCCCACUAAACCUACUGGUGACAAUUUCCCUACCUGGAGGGCACAGCUACUCACUCUUCUUCGUGGACUCGACCUUCUCAAAUUUUUGGAUGGCACUCAUCCUGCCCCUGCCGAUGAUGCCGUUGCAGCCGUUCUGCGAUCUGAGAAUAAUUUGGAAAGUCCGUACACAACACAUUGUCCAACUAACUAUUAGCGACAACUUAGCAUCAUGUUCUAUAUAUUUCAAAUCAAGCAACUUCGGAUUCAUUACCAACAGUGUGGUAAAAAAUAAUGCUCUCUAUUGGGAAAAACUUAAAGGACAUACUGAACUCUAUGAGACAUUUUCUUUCAUCAUAAAUGUUAAUUAUUUAUGUAUUAUGAGAACCAACUCUAAUAUUCAACUAUAUGGUUGAAUUAAGUAAUGAAUGACAAUUAGUUAU